CUGACACUGUGCUGUAUUACACUGUGCUCUGCUGUAUAUUCUGAGUGUGCAGAGUUUUCAAGCAGCCUCUUAACUGCAUGCUGUAGGAGGUGUGAGAAUAACCACAGAAGAGAGAGAGGAAGAGAGGGAGGGGAGAGAGACACAGAGAGACAAAGAGACAGAGUGACUGAGAGACACGAAAGAGGAUGCUCAACUCUGACCAACCCUGAAAUAAAAGUGCUAUUAUUUUACUUAUUUUAAUUUAUUUAUUAAAGUUCAAUUUUGAAAAGAAAGAAAGAAGACAUUUUAAGAAGGAGUACAGCGUGAUCGUGUAAAAAGAGAGAGAGAGAGAGAGGUGAGCCGCACUCCCUCCUCCUCUCUGUCAGUCUGUCCUGUGAUAUCACAGAGAGAUCGCGCUGCUGUGAGACUCACCCGACAGGACACUGCAGCAGCCAUCAGGAGAGACAGAACACUGCGGGACAUUCAAACGGGCUCGCUGGCAUGGCUGUGCUGAUCUCUGCAGGAGGAUGAGAGAACUGGAGAGGAGCGAGAGUCCUUCGGACAGCUUAGUCAAUGGGAGCUGUGGGGGAGGGGCUCAGAGUCAGCAGGGUGCCCCCCACCUCUCUCUGCUGGACAGACUGAGACUGACACAGGAGGCCUGGGCCCCUGAGAGUGAGGAGGAGACGAGGGGGGCCCGAGAGGAACUAAGGAGAUUGGCCCCUGGGGGGUUUCUGGUGCUGAGAGACUCCUGUGGUUCCGGGCCUGGUUCUGGUUCCGGUUCUGGUUCUGUGCUGUGUGUCUCUGCCAGUGAAGGAACAGACGGUCCAGGAAUUAGAGAAUUCCCCAUCCUGCAUCAGAACACCUCAGUCUUUCACCUGCAGGACUCACAGCUCGGAUUCACUGAUCUGCCCCAGCUACUGGGAUUCUACACUGUCAGCAGAGACAUCUUGCCGUGCUGUUUGCUCCUCCCUCCCAGUCUCCUCCAAUUAUCCGCAGACCAGUUAAGGAGGGCAUCCAAACUGGGAACCAAAUUCUGGCUGCAUGACCACCUCCCCUCCCCCUCCCCCUCCCCCUCCCCGAGUAUGGAGACCCCCCCGAUGCUGAUCAGCCCCCCCACUCCCGCCCCACUGGCCUCCCCCAGCACUGGAUUGACAAUGUGCUCCAUUCAGGUGACCUCCGCCAGCGGCGCGUUGUGCUUUAUUAACCCUCUGUUCCUGAGGGAGCAUGGAGACGCCUGGCUGACACACCCCCCUUCCCCCCCGCUGGCCAACCGCGGCCGAGACAGGCGUGUCACCAACGCCCGGACCUGGGGAGGGAGGGGCCUUAGAGCCAGGGAGCCGAGCUCAUUGGACAGCGAGAGCGGGGGGGAGGCGGCCCCCAGAGCCCUCUCUUUCGAAGACCCUCUCUCCCCCUCCCACUCCCCACCUGUCACCCUGAGACGGAAAUCCACGCCUCGCGCAGCGUGGAGCUGGAAUGAGGAAAUGAGACAGUCCUUAGAAGGAAAAGAAGAAGGAGGGGGAGGGGGGGAGAGCAGCCCCACCCCCCAGUCUCCUCACAGGGUCUCCUGGAUCGAGGGCUCCCUCUCCCCCUUCUCUCUGCUGCCCCCUGCCUGUGAGCUCGACUCGCUGUCUCUGAGCAGCGUGGAGGAAGAGGACGCGCAGGAGGGGGACACACGCGCACACACCCUCCCCCGCGCACACACACCCGCACCCUCCGCCUCCCCCCGCCAAGCCACGAAGAGACACUCGCUGGCACUCACCGACAAGGUGCGGCACCGCCUCUCUGCCGUGGGCAAUGCCCUGGGGGGGCUCCUCAGCGCUGAGCGGCGGGUGUGGAGCCGGGUGGCUGAGCUCUCUCAGAGGGGGGGCUCUGAAUUCGGGGGGCGUCUGCGCUCGUUCCUGAAGCGCCCCCCAACACUCACCCCCCACGACAGCAGCACGGAGCUGCUCAGCGAGGUCCGACAGGCCCUCUCCGAUCUGAAGAGCUGCCUGAGACAGGGGUCCGAGCUGCAGACCCUGCUGGACAGCCUGGCCAACGAGACAGGGGAGGAGCACCUCGACUCGGUACUGGAGUCCUGUCUCCACAAGCUGGUUCUGAAGCCGCUGCGCUCCCAGCUCUAUUCCCAGCUCCACCAGUUUCGGACUCGUGACGGAACACUGGCCGCCCUGCUGGACAACCAGCUGACCAUGAGGGGGCAGGGUCCGGCCGAGUUGGGCGUGGCCUUGGCGGCCCUGCCGGAUUCCGUCGCCAUGGAGAAGAUCCGCCUCCUGUUCCAGGCCAUGCAUGAUGCCUACUCCCCGGGGAAGCAAGUGA